GUGGUAAGAGGAGGUCAGGAGGUGAUCAGAGUGACGGUGGAGGGGAUAGAGCAUCAUCAUACACACAUUUUUACUGAUUCUGGAGUAAUUCUGCGCCCCCGGCUGCGGAGAGAAGAAUGGAGAGGAACAGGUGGGAGUGCUCGGCUCUCCCGAAUGGUUGGAAAAUGGAAGAAGUGACCAGAAAGUCGGGAAUUUCCGCGGGGAAAAGCGAUGUCUAUUAUUUUAGUCCCAGCGGUAAGAAGUUUCGGAGUAAGCCACAACUGGUCCGUUACCUUGGCAACUCCAUGGACUUGAGCUCCUUCGAUUUCCGUACUGGGAAAAUGAUUAUGAGCAAACUGAACAAGAACAAACAGCGUCUGCGCUACGAGCAGAGCGUCCAGAACAGAGGUAAGCCUGACCUGAACACUUCUCUACCAGUGCGACAAACAGCAUCCAUCUUCAAACAGCCUGUUACCAAGGUCACAAACCAUCCCAGCAACAAAGUGAAGUCAGACCCUCAGAAAGCUGUUGAGCUGCCAAAACAGCUGUUCUGGGAGAAGAAGCUCAGUGGACUGAAUGCGUAUGAUAUAGCUGAAGAGUUAAUGAAGAACAUGGAUCUUCCCAAGGGUCUACAAGUGUCCUCCACUACAGGUGUUGGACCAGGCUACACGGAUAAAACCCUCCUGUCUGCCAUUGCCAGCGCCCUGCACACCACUUCUGCCCCCAUCACAGGCCAGCUUUCUGCUGCAGUGGAGAAGAACCCUGGAGUUUGGCUCAACACCACGCAGCCUCUUUGCAAGGCUUUUACAGUCACUGAUGAGGACAUCAGGAAGCAGGAGGACCUGGUGUACAGUGUGAGGAAGAGGCUAGAGGAAGCACUUAUGGCCGACAUGUUGGCUCAUGUAGAAGAGGCCUCCCUAGACGCAGAGUCUCUGAAAGAGGAGGCCGCCAGCAAUGAUGAGAUGGAGACUGUAUAGCCAUGAUGAUGCUAAAGGGAGCAGCGUGGACCACAGCAUCCCCCUGCUGCACAGACAGACACUCACAACAUGAACCAGGACCUGAUAGCUCACGCUGUCUCUCAGAAGUGUAAAAGUAACACGUUUACUACACCUUUUUUUUCCAUGCUCCUCCAAUUGAACUGUGAAACGUAAUGUUUUACAUUAUGAAGUUCCUAGGAACUGUUUAUAAUUGUAAUCUCACACUUUUCUCCAUUUUUCUCUGCUAUUUUUUAUUUGCUGUGUGUUUUAAGUGUUUGUGUUGGAGGAUUGGUGUCUUGCCAUUCUUCUGCUGUGUGUGUGUGAGGACGUGCUCUGGGCUCUCACAGAUGCGUGGAGUUUAGAUCAGGUAAUUCCCACAGCUUUUAAGGACAGUAGUUUUUCAGUGUUUCUUCAGUGUGCACCUGUAGACUACCCUAGAUGGAUAGUACAUGCAACCUAACCUUGCAGUUUAUUCUCAGUGUUUCUAAAACAAAUAGAUACUGUCAAACGUAUCAUGCAGUCAGCUACCAUGAGCAAUAAUAAUUCAGCAGGUUUCCCUAAACAUAGAAAAUCAUAAACUGUUAUUGAAACUAACUGAACUUCUUGGACUUACGUUACAUAGGAUUUACAUGGGUACAUAUGUUUCUCAAUCCUGGUGCUAGAGACAUCCUGUACUACAUAUUUUAAUGGUUGUCCUGCUUUAACACACACCCUGACAUUCUGCAAGAGCUUGUAAGUGUGCUUAUGAGCUGAAUCUGUUCCAGAGCCUAAGCAGCAGCUGAAGUGGGCUUUGUUUCUUGGCUCUAUAUCAUUGAAAGCUGUUCCAAAGUAAAAGAUCCAUCUUAUACUGCCAAGAAAUUUCAAGUAAUUUUAAGGACGCAGCUGAUGUAUCCUUCCUGGUCCUGGAAAACAAUAUAAUGAUUGGGCAAAGAAAUAUGGAAAAUUAAGCCUCUGGAGCAGAAUUUGUUUUGAAAUGUUUGUAAAUUAUGUUAAAGCUCUUGCCGCAAAGCCGUUUUGGACUGUUCCAUAUAUGGGAUCAAUAUCAACUUGGAAGAACUCUUUAUAGGACCGCCCAACCAAGGAUGCAUCAUACCUAAACUACAGCCUAGGCUUUGGACCACAGCUUUUGAGUGUUGUCAGCUGGGUGCCUCUCAGGACCAGGGUUAAGGAACAUACAGACUUAUAGUAUAAAUUGUUUAAAGAUAUUAGGUUUUGAAACAUUGCAUUCCUUUUAAUAAUGAAUUUUUUGUUAAAAGUCGGAAAUCUGCUUUCCUUUCGUGAACUCGUGAACUUUCGUGAGUUUUUAUGGGGAAUCGCUGAAGCACUUAAACCGAUUGUUUUAAACAUUGGUGCUAUUUGUUUGUUUGUUUUCUGUAAAUUAUGACUACAAAUCUAUUUAAAGUGUAAAUUUGGAUUUGUCGGAUGUCUGUGAAUCACAAAGUUUUGAUUGUACAGAAAUGUCUUACACAGUUUUGGUCUUUGUGAAAGCCAUAGGAAGCUAUGAGACAAUUUUCUUUCUUUAUUUAAAAGGUCUUAAAGAGCAUCAAUCAUGGAAACUCGAAUUUUAUAAAUUUCUCUUUAUAAUAAAGCAGUUUGAAUUAAUAUGUACAUUUUGUUUUAAGAUCCAUAAUUGUGUCCCAAUUUAAGGGCUGCAUCUUUCAAAGAACACUGUCUACAAUAUUAUAGCCUUCAGUGGUUGAGAUUUUUAUAUUAGAACAGGGCCAAAUUAUCUUGUAUCUGUUUUAAACAGUCAGAAUCCCAAGAAGUUUUGCCCUGUAAUUUGAGAAUAUAACCUAAAAAUGCCUUUAGAAGUUCCUAACAACCAGGAAUUAAAAAUACAAAUUAGGUCUCUAAAUAGUUUGCAAUUUUUUAAAUUUAUAUAUAAGCUUUAUAUUCAGAUUGAAACAUACCAGUAUAACAAUUAUUUAGCUGUGUCUUUUUUUAAUCUCCGGGUAAUAUUUGAAAAGUCUCAGACUUUUCAAAUAUCUGUAUAAUAUAUUUGUUUUUUCUUUAUAAGCUCUUUCACAUCCAUGGUUAGAAGACUGUUCUAAGCUCUAAAGCCAUUAAAGGCCACUUUUGUAGACAAGAGAUUAAUGUCUUAGUCCAAUUACGAGUAGGGAUCUGCCACGGAGCAUACUCUUUAGUCCUGCUAAUGCUCACCUUUAUCUGUUGUGAUUGGCCCAUUAAUUAUAUUCUUAUUUGCUGAUAUUCGUGUUACAGUGUAAACAAAGCCACAUUUCAUAAAAACCCUCUUAUCUGACAGUCAUUCUGUUGGGUCACUAACUUCACAGCAAUAUGGUGCUUUUGAGGGAGUAUUGGAUUGGAGUAUUGGAGUAUUGGAUAUGGGCCCGUCUACACUUUUUAGGGGUACAGAUAAAGGUGCUAGAAAGGGUUCUUAAGCAAUGCUAUUGAAUAUACCGUACAUCUAAAUUGUGUGAGGAUCCUUUUAAAUUGACAAAGAACCAACAGAUUGACUUGAAACUUUAAAACCACUUUAACCCACCCUCUAAACUGCUGUGUAGCUUUUGUGUUUUUUGGUAGGUGUAACACUGUGGCUGUGGUCAGACCUAAAUCAGAUUUUUGGCAUAGAUUUGACCACUCAAAAAGCUGUUACAAGAUUGGAUUUAAGAAAACAAAUCUGAUUCACCUGCAGUCUGAACAUAACAGACGUGUCCAUUUAAUUACAUCAGCUGUUCCUUUAAUUUCCAGUGAUUUACAAAAUCCAGGCCUGGAAACUGGAUUCAGGGUUUAAAUUGGAUAACCUGGCUUCUUUGGCAUCACUCAAGCAAGGACCCCUUGUAGCAUCUGUAUAUUUUAUAACAUUUUUUAUGUCCUCUUUUUUUGGUUCUCUCUAAAAAAAAAUGGUAUUUCAUAAGCUGGAUUUCUUACUUCACUUCAUAAUAGAAAGACGGAUGGAUGAUUUGAUCUGGUUUACAUACUGUAUGAAGCAACAGACACACAGAGAUUAACAGUUGCUGAUUGGUCGGUUUAUCAGGAGAUAUGCUGGCAGUGGUCUCCACUUUGGUGCUCAGAUGUUCUAACCUCAGUUUAUUUGUGCUGAACCAGGAUCAGACCCAGAUCACUUUACACAUCUGGAUGUGAACAGAAUAAAGCUGAUUCCUGAUCAGCACAAGUCUGACUAAUGCAACUCUUCAUUAACUGUUUUGUAUUUUUUUUUUUUUUUUUUGGGUCAUGUGACAACUUCACACUGUUAUGCAGUUAUGCAUCCAUUAGCUGUGUAUUUGUACCUUUCCAUUCUUUGAAAUUCAGCCACAUUUGAGCAAGAUUUUAUAUUUUAUUAAGACAGUUACUGAACCGGUUGUGUUCUCACAUUGAAUAAAUGUAAUAUACGGAAGAGGCACAAGCUUUUUGUACUCUAUGCAGUUCUAUGGUUUUUGACUGUUUUUGACAAGACUUUCUUAAAAUGGGCUUAAUUUUUAUAAAGCAAUUAAUAAAUUUAAUCUUUGAUCAAA